AGCCGCCUGAAGGCUGACGUUCGCGUCAUUUACGAUAGACAAGAAGGACAACAGCACCAGGAGUACGACAUGAUUAAAAUGGAAGCUAGUCGAAUGCAUCCUCCAAUACAAAAGUUCGACUUCGACCAUACAAAACUGCUAGUAGAAACCAAAGAUAUCAUUGACUGGCUGGGAAGUGACAUCAAGAGGGAAAUGUGCUGUUUUCAAUUCUGUGGGUUAGAAAUUUUUAAAUAUAGCCUUAGUCACAAAUUCAACACCCUCUAUGUCAACAACCAGGUUGAUUACGAUAUCAUUCCCUCUGAUGUCACAAAUUUCCAAAUCAUGAGAUCUCUUUGCGUUACCUUGGUAGCUACCCGAGAUGAA